ACCAUUCAAAUCCUCUUCUCUUCCUAACAUCUCCAUACAACACACACAAAAUGGUACCUCAAAUUUGUGCAAUGCUUCAUAAAAUUAAGCAUUAUUUGGCUAUGAUUUCCUUGCAAUUCGGGUAUGCCGGGAUGUACGUCAUCACCAUGCUCUGCCUUAAAAAGGGCAUGAACCAUUACGUUCUCGCCGUGUAUCGACACCUUGUUGCCACCAUCGUCAUUUCCCCCUUCGCUUUCGUUCUCGAGAGGAAAAUAAGGCCGAAGAUGACAUUUCCCAUUCUUGCUCGAAUACUACUCCUCGGCUUCCUCGAGCCUGUGUUGGAUCAAAAUCUUUACUACGUGGGGUUAAAACUUACCUCAGCAACAUUCACUUCUGCUACGGUUAAUAUUCUCCCCGCUGUAACCUUCAUUAUGGCUCUCGUUUUCAGGCUGGAAACAGUGAAUUUCAAGAAAAUUCGCAGCAUCGCAAAGGUGGCCGGAACAAUGGUGACGAUCGGCGGAGCCAUGGUGAUGACUCUAUACAAAGGACCGGUGGUCGAGAUCUUCCACGCCCAUGGCCACCACGCCGCCCAACAAACCAGCAGCGAGUCCGCCGACCAACACUGGGUCCUCGGCACCCUCAUGCUCCUCGGCAGCAUCGUCGGCUGGUCCGGCUUCUUCAUCUUGCAAUCGUUCACCUUGAAGAAGUACCCGGCCGAGCUGUCGCUUACCGCCUUGAUAUGCAUCUCCGGCACGGUGGAGGGCUCCAUUGUCACGCUCAUUAUGGAGCGUGAUUUUAGCGUGUGGGUCAUCGGCUGGGACUCCCGUCUUCUUGCCGCAGUUUAUACGGGUGUGAUAUGCUCUGGGCUUGCUUAUUAUAUUCAAGGCGUGGUAAUUCGGCAACGUGGCCCAGUUUUUGUUACCUCUUUUACCCCUCUCUGCAUGAUUAUUACUGCCUUCCUUGGCUUCGUUAUUCUGGCAGAGCAAAUUCACCUUGGAAGCAUAAUCGGAGCCUUUUUCAUAGUGAUGGGGCUUUACUUAGUGGUGUGGGGCAAAGCCAAGGACCAUCUCAACAAAUUAACCAGUCAAAAGGGCGGCGCCGCCACGGAGUUGCCACUCACCGCCGAGCCGGAAACCGCCGAGGCCGCCACCAACGAGCGUUUCUCUUCCAAAGCUCCACCGGCGUGAUGGUUGUGAGAGCCGUUGAAUCAUUUAUAAACCUUUUUUGGGGUUUCGUUUUAACUUUAAUUUUCUCAUGAUCACCAUCUAUCUUCACAAUAUAUAUAUAUAUAUAUAAAUGUAUAAAUGUUGGUGUGUUUAAUUAUACAAAAUAUACGUGAUUUCGCUUAUGUUCGUAGAUAUUACGCUUUCAAGCUCAUUAUGACGAUGCUACAAAAAAAAAAAAAAAAAAUCAUGUAAUU